GACAAAGCGUGUCUGAAUGUCUACGUGAGCCCGCUGGUGUGGCAAGCAAGAGAUGUGGUUUGAGUAAAGACGGAUUAGCGUAAUCGCGAAACCGUAUGCACGUGGUAAAAACGCGCUAGGCCUGGCGCACGGACAAGAUACCCAUUACAUCCCGCAUGCCGAACAUCCCAGCGCUCCUAGCCAUAUCCAUCUUCUUGAAGAUAGUCAAGAUGCGGGACGGGUAAAAUGCAGACUGAUGGGCCUCCCGCGGGCACGGCCAUGCCGUCUCUCCCCCCGACGAUGAUGCCAGCUUGGUUUCCUUUCUGAAAGCACCCAAUCUCCUAUCAAGGUGCCGACUAAAGCAAUGGCUACAAACGGGAAUAAGGACCUCCACAUCCUGAUCGUAGGAGCUGGAACAAGCGGAUUGCUCAUCGCACAGGGUUUGAAGAAGGCAAACAUAUCUUUCUCGAUCUUUGAAACCGAGACCUCGACGACGUACCAGACGCGCCCACGAGAAUGGGGCAUGACACUGCAUUGGGGGAGCUCCCACAUCGCUUCAUGCCUGCCAAUUGAACUCGCAAACCGCAUCCACGAAGCCUUCGCCGACCCAACCCAGGACCAAGCCUCCGCCACAGGCUUAUCGGUGUUCAACGGUGAGACGGGCGAGCGCAUAUUCGAAAUCGCAGCGGACAAGCCUUGUCGCGUUAGCCGUAGGAAGAUGCGUAACUUGUUCAGCGAGGGCUUAGACGUGCAAUACGGGAAGAAGUUCGCUAGUGCAGUGGUUGAUGACGAUGACAAGGUGAGGGUGACAUUCGAAGACGGCAGUACAGCCACUGGCCAUGUGCUGGUAGGUUGCGAUGGCGCAAAGUCGCGAGUUCGCGAAGCCAUUGUCGGUACAGAAGCAGCAAAACUCACCAAUGCAUCUGUCAGCAUGUUCAACUUCCCCUACAAAUUCGAUGCCGACCUCGCCAAGCGCAUACGAGACAUGAAUCCCCUCUUCAUUACAAGCAUACACCCAAGUCACGGCACCAUGUUCUGGCUAUCCAUACAAGACGUCCCUGACCCCUCCGACCCUGCAACAUGGACAUUCCAGGUCCUGCAAUCGUGGCUGGACUCUAGUGUGCCAGAUGAUGUGGAUCUGUCCACCCUUGAAGGACGCAUGUCGCUCUUCAAGAGGCGCACAGAAGAAUAUGCGGAGCCUUGGCGAUCUGCUGGCCGAGCUGUUGACCCUGCUACCGUGCUUCCACUUGACAAAGGCACGUUCUGGGAGAAGGCUGCCAGAUGGGACAACAAGGGUGGAAGGAUGACACUGUGUGGUGAUGCCGCGCAUCCUAUGACGCCGCAUAGAGGACAAGGUCUCAACAACGCGUUGCAAGAUGCUGCUAAUUUCGUCGCUGCUAUGCGUAAAGUUCAUGGCUCUCCUGAGCAAGGACAGAUUCUCAAACAAGCUGUUGAUGAGUAUGAUGCUGAAGUCCUGGAGCGGGGUGUGUUAGAGAUGAACAUCUCGCUCAAACAGACACUGUUCAUCCACGACUGGGAUACGUUGAUGCAGAGUCCGAUGGUGAAGAUGGGUUUGCGUCAGGCAGAGAAGGGCACUCAAAGCACGUCUUAGUACGUAGAUGGAGCAAUUGUUCCAUCACAGCAUUCAGAUAUCCCUAGAUAACUCUAAAUACAGGAUAUUCAUCUCCCAC